AUGGCCAAGAACAAAUUAGAAGGGCAGAAGUCCAGGAAUGUAUUUCAUAUAGCCAGCCAAAAAAAAACCUUCAAGGCUAAAAACAAGGCAAAAUCAGUUACUACUAAUCUUAAGAAGAUAAACAUUAUGAAUGAUGAAAAAGUCAACAGAAUGAACAGAGCUUUUGUAGACAUACAGAAAGAACUUGCAAGCUUUUCAAACAGCCUUUCUCUUAAAACUGUGCAGAAAGAGCUGAAGCACCAUGAAAAUGAACCAGCUAAUGUUGAUGAAGCAACAAGACUAAACGGCUCAAUUGUAACACUGUGA